ACCCCGGGAAGAGACUCGGUGCUAGCAGGUGCACUCCAAAAGGCACAACUGGUUAAAAAUAAAAAUAAAAUAAAACGCGAACGAUGGGCUGACGAUUGCUGUUUGCAGUUCUACGCGGACCCGAGACUCGUAAAAGCAGCGUGUUUGUGCCAGCAUGAUCCCGAGAGUAAAGACGUUCUGACGCUCCGGCAGAGUGGUGAACGCCGCGGACCGACCAAGAGCCCAGCACCAUGUCAGGCACGUACACUCCGGCUCCUGGUGGGCCCUUCUCCGCUCUGACCCCCAGCAUGUGGCCCCAGGAUAUUUUGGCCAAGUACCAUCAGAAAGACCCUUCGGAGCAGCCUGAAGUCCAGUACGAUGAGUUUGGUUUCAGAGUCGACAUUGAAGAGGGUGUGGAGGCCCAGAGCUGGCUGUGCAGUGAAGGCUCUCCCCAGCGUGAGGACCCCCAGCAGAGGUUACGCUGGCAGGCUCACCUGGAGUUCACCCACAACCACACAGUGGGAGACCUGACCUGGGACCUGAUCUCCCCCACACUGCCUCGCUCCGACAGGCUGCGCUCGCUGGUGCUGGGGGGAAUACCACACAGCAUGAGACCUCAGCUUUGGAUGCGUUUGUCAGGAGCACUCCAGAAGAAGAGGACCUCUGAGAUUUCCUACAGAGAGAUUAUUAAGAACAGUUCAAAUGAUGAAAGCACCACUUCAAAACAGAUUGAGAAGGACCUGCUGCGGACCAUGCCCUCUAACGCCUGCUUUAACAACAUGGGCAGUGUGGGCGUGCCCAGGCUGAGGCGGGUACUUCGAGGACUGGCAUGGCUUUAUCCGGAUAUCGGGUACUGCCAGGGCACGGGGAUGGUGGUGUCGUGUCUGCUGCUGUUCCUGGAGGAGGAGGACGUGCUGUGGAUGAUGUGCGCUCUGAUAGAAGACCUCCUCCCUCCCUCGUACUUCUCCUCCACUCUGCUGGGCGUGCAGACGGACCAGAGAGUACUGAGGCAGCUCAUAGUGCAGUACCUGCCCGAUCUGGACCGCCUCCUGCAGGACCAUGAUAUAGAGCUGUCCCUGAUCACGCUGCACUGGUUCCUCACGUCCUUUGCCAGUGUGGUGGACAUCCGGCUGCUGCUCAGGAUCUGGGACCUGCUCUUCUACCAGGGCUCUCUGGUGCUUUUCCAGGUCACACUGGGCAUGCUCAAAAUCAAGGAGGACGAGCUGGUUUCAUCUGAGAACUCGGCGUCCAUCUUUAACACGCUCUCAGACUUGCCGAGUCAGCUCCGUGACGUGGCGGAGCUGCUGGGAGAGGCCAUGAGGCUGGCUGGUUCUCUGUCACAGGAGACGCUGGAGGCGCACAGACACAAGCACCUGGCCUACAUCCUCAACGAGCAGGCCCAGCUCAACAACGGAAACACGGCGAUCAACAGCAGCAUCAACAAGGUGGUGAGGAGACAGUCUCUGCGCAGGAAGUCCACCCUGAGCUCUCUUCUGUUCGGAGAGGACGAGGCAGAGGCCCUCAAGUCGAAGAACAUCAAACAGACCGAGCUGGUGGCUGCUCUGAGGGAGGCCAUCACGCGCACAGCUCAGCACUUCCACUGUCUGGACCCACGCCACGGGAGCACGGACCUGACGCCGGACUACUCCAUGGAGAGCCACCAGAGGGACCACGAGAACUUCCUGAUGGUGUCCAGGAACAGGAGGAGGCGGGCCAAAGCUCUGCUGGACUUCGAGCGGCAUGACGACGACGAGCUGGGCUUCAGGAAAAACGACAUCAUCACUAUCAUCUCACAGAAAGACGAGCACUGCUGGGUGGGGGAGCUCAACGGACUCCGAGGGUGGUUUCCUGCUAAAUUUGUUGAAAUCCUGGAUGAGAGGAGCAAAGAGUACUCUUUGGCAGGAGACGACACCGUCACAGAGGCCGUGACAGAUCUGGUCCGGGGAACUCUGUGUCCGGCUCUGAAGGCCAUUUUCUACCACGGCCUCAAGAAGCCGUCCAUACUGGGAGGUCCGUGCCACCCCUGGUUAUUCAUAGAGGAGGCGGCGAGCAGAGAAGUAGAGAGAGACUUCAACUCUGUGUACUCCAGACUGGUGCUGUGUAAAACAUACAGGUUAGAUGAAGAUGGGAAAGUUCUAACACCAGAGGAGCUGUUGUACAGAGCCGUGCAGUCUGUGAACAUGAGCCACGACUCUGCAAACGUUCAGAUGGACGUCAAGUUCAGGUCUCUGAUCUGCGUCGGUCUCAAUGAGCAGGUGCUGCACUUGUGGCUGGAGGUCCUGUGCUCCAGUAUGGCCGUGGUGGAGAAGUGGUACCAGCCCUGGUCCUUCCUGCGCAGCCCGGGCUGGGUCCAGAUCAAGUGUGAACUCAGGGUCUUAUCAAAGUUUGCCUUCAGUCUGUCUCAGGACUGUGAGCUUCCUGACAAGAAAGAGACCAGUGCUCUUCUGAAAGCAGACGUUAUGGAUGUGCUGGUUCAGCAUCACCUCUUUAGUUGGGAUCUCUAGGAGAAUGAGCACAGGCCACUGAAAGAAGGCGUGCAGGACAUGUUAGUGAAGCAUCAUCUCUUCAGCUGGGACAUCGACGGUUAAACACAAACGACUGUACGCGUAUUCAAACCACGCCAAUGACACUGAAAUAAGGCCGUUUUUGUCUGAUAAUUAUGAGAUUUAUUGCAUUUUUCAGGCCCCAUGUAUAAAAAAUUAUCUAUUGUAAAGCAUAAGGGCGAAAAUGAAAUUGAGCAAGUGACAUUUUAGGCAAUUUUGAGUCAUUAACAGUUGCCAAAUAUUACCUCUGGAUGGAAAAAGAUGACAACCUCUGCUAUAUUUAUGUACAUAGAUGUUACAGUGCCAAAGGCUGCUAGAGAAUGAUCUACAAUUCUACUAACAAAUGGCUUGAAAUAACUGCUCAAAACUUACAAAACAAAAUCACUUCAAAGUAGAGGUGGGCAAUAUAACUUUUACUGAAUAAUAUUGAAAUUGCUGUUUUGGGAGUUUCCAAAAUUAGAAUUUCAAGUUAAAACUGUCAAAAUAGUUGAUUGUUUCUCCAUAUUUUUACUGUUACAACAAAUUAUAGCAAAAAAUAAGAGCUAGACAUUGAUCAUUCAAACCAAAAUUCUUGCCUUUUUACAGUUUUUAUAGCUUGACCUUCUCAUUUACCCGCUCAAAGUUGCAUUUAAAGUGAGUCAAACCAUCACAAAACCAUAGACCGUUUAUAUAAAUGGACAUAACUAACCUGGGUCACACUUCUGGCUCCAUCGACUUUGUUUCUAAUUCACGUUCUAUUGAAAAACCGCGGCCCCUCUCUCUGUGACUGCUGCAGUGAGACUUGUCAUUUUGGGCUUAAAAUGUUCGUAUUAACCGGCUCUACAUGAUCCAGAAGGUUUUAUUUUGCUAUUCUGUCCAUAAAUCAAGAUAUAAACAUUAAUAACAGACAAAUCAUGUGCCUUCUUUUUCCAAGGUCUUUCCCACUAGUGUUAGUAACAGGUUUGAGCGGGGGUUUAGUGGGCCGUCCACCCGCUGCUCCUGUCUUCAGAUAUAAAAAAAACAAAUAUAAAAUAGCUACAACUUAAAUGUCAAACUGGAGCUACUGGAAAAGGUGAAAACAAACUGCAUAGGCUUAUGAUAUCUACAGUUCUGUCCUAGUGACCUGAGACAUGACUGACCAGGACUGAACCAGGACUAAAGGAACUAGGACUGAGUGUGUGGACGGGCCCGGAGGUGUGCCCGUGUGGACCGUCGGGUGACUGCAGGCAAAAUGACUGAACCAGAAUGGAACCAGAACUGAACCAGGACUCACUGUCGGGACAGGUUCGGAGGUGCCCUCGCGUAGGCCGAGGUUCCACGCCGCACGGGGCUAAGCACAGCCGGCGCCCGAUCGUGCUUCGCGGACACCCUGCUCCAUGGACUCGGUCUUCUCUCUCUCAUUCUCGAGACCAAGAUUAAUCCUGGUUCAGUCCUGGUUCAGUCCUGGUUCAGUUCAGU